AUGCAGCCACUCCUGCUUGAACGAAUCCAAUCCCUGCGAGACAGAGACGGGCAUACCUAUUACAACGGCUCAGUAUUGCAUCGAAGUCAUUUCAUCGUUGUGGGCAUAGGGAACAUGCCCUUCAAUCUCUUCCGCAAGACUCGACGAACCAUGUUGUCUAUCUCGAUGCCACAUUGCUAUCCAUAUCAGACGCACAACACAACAGCACAAACUCGUACUAUAACAGCGUGGAGAUGGAGGAUGUGA